AUGAAUUCCUAUCUCUUAAACCGAGCCCUGGGUGUCACGAGCCCGCAGGCAUUUGAGCGUGCACAAACCACUCGACUGGCUCACGCACUUCAACCAGCUCCGCACAUACGAUUCUCAAGCCGGCCGACUUCCUCCACCACUAACAGGUCUCAGAAUGCAUCGACAUUGGCUCCAGGAGGCCAGGGCACGGAAGAAGAUGAGUCCAACAAUAACGGCAAUGCCGUGCAAGAAAUAUACGCACAUAACGCCGGCGUAAAUGCUCUCACAAUCGACAAGUUCGAAGGCAAAUACAUGCUUUCUGGAGGAGCAGAUUCGUCCAUCUUCAUCUGGGACUUGGAACAGCAAGCAUCCGAAAAUGCCAAUGGCAAUACCAACGAUGACAAUGACAGCGGGAAACGCAGUAUUCUACAUACACCCGCCGGCGCAGUCAAGCGGUCCUCGUCCACGCACAAAUUCGGCAUAACGCAACUGAGCUUCUACCCAUUCGAUUCGCUCGCUUUCUUGAGCAGUUCCUUCGACCACACGCUCAAAAUCUCAUCCAGCAUCACCAUGGCUCCAUCUGCCUCCUUUGACCUCGGCUCCGUCAUAUACUCCCACGCGCUUUCGCCCAUCGCGGACCAUCUCCUUGUCGCGUGCGCGACUCAGCAUCCCGCCGUGCGACUCGUGGACUUACGAUCCGGCGCAAGUACGCAUUCGCUCGCGGGACACCACGGUGCUGUGCUCUCCGUCGCGUGGAGUCCGCGAGACGAAUACGUGCUCGCGAGCAGCGGGACAGACGGCGGGGUCCGGCUCUGGGACGUGCGCCGCAGCGCGGGCUGUCUGGGUGUGCUCGACAUGGAAGAUUCAGUCGGUAUAUGUGGGUAUGAUGGCCUAGGGACCGGUGCACGGCGCCGCGAGAAAGGAAAAGCGCAUAAUGGGGCGGCGAAUGGCGUCGUGUGGACAGAUGAUGGUAAUUAUAUCAUCACUGUGGGACACGAUGAGCGGAUCCGCGUCUGGGAUGCAGCGACCAGCGCAAACACGCUGGCGAGUUUUGGUCCGAUUAUUAAAAAUACGCGCCUGGCUCCCAUUUUGCCGGCUCUCGCCCCAACGUAUAUGACUCCCCCGGGGAAGCCGCUCAUGUUUUAUCCCAAUGAGAGGGAGAUUUUGGCGUUUGAUCUGUUUGAAGGCCGGCUGCUGAAGCGGUUACGCGCCCCAGGGACGCAGGUCGCUGCUGCAACGAAAGCUGCGCAACGUAAUUUGCAGAAUCGUGUGACCGCGCUGGCGUGGAGACAGGGGGAUGUGGAAAUGUAUUCGGCCCAUUCGGAUGGGUUGAUUCGGACUUGGAGACCGCGGACAAGAGAGGACGCGGAGCUCGAAGAGCAAGAGGCUGCAGAGGCAAAACUUAAUGAUGAAGAAGAUGAGACGAGAAAGAGGAAGAGACAGGUUUUGGAGGACAUCUAUCACGAUCUCACGCGGCAAAAGGUUACGUUUACAUAG